AGCCUCCAAUGAUAAAUUUGCCGGUCGGGAAGCGCCAAGGUGACCGCAGAAAACGCCCCCGGCUCACCUCUUUCCACGAUCCCGACCCAUCUCCGACGAACAUAUUUGGCCUCUCUCUGUAUUCCGUAUUAGGUACCUAACACAGGCAAUUUCCAUCUGCCGUGCACCCUGUGGAACAAUGGCGUUGGAGCCGUCUCGACUGAUACCGGCUAUAUCGGUUUCAGGGGCCCUUCUUCAACGAGCCCCUCCAAGAUAUCGCAAAGCACGCCAUCCUGUAGCUGGCAUGUAGGUACCUACAUACGAGGUAGGUAGGCAUACGUAAGAUGCCACCACUGUGAUCCGCGCUGUGCCGGAGAUGGAACGGCUCAAUGCCGUAGGCUGGAGAGAGUCUUGGGGUAUUCCCCUCGUUUUUUCUUUUCUUUCUUUUUUUCAGCACCCGUGUGUAUCUGUGUUCCUAUAAAGACUUCUUUCUGUCUGGUAUCCAUCCUAGGUUAGAUGUAUAUUUGAUCGAAUCAAAAAAAGCUCCCUGUAAGAUCUGUUGUCGGUACAGAUAGGUAGCAACCAGCCCCUUGCCUUAGCCUCGACUUCCUGAUAUUAUAUAUAUAUAUCAAAGCAAAGCAAAGCAAAGCAACAAUGGUCUCCCUGCACCCCCUCCUCGACAACGGCAUCACCAAAGGCGACCCGUCCUUCCCCGGCGGCGUCCUCUACUGCCAAUGCGCGACGGACCCCGUCGCCGUGACGCUCACCUCCAACGUCGCGCACAACCACGCGUGCGGGUGCUCCCGGUGCUGGAAGCCGGCGGGCGCGCUCUUCAGCAUCGUGGGCGUCGUCCCGCGGGCGCACCUAAGCGUAACAGCGAACGAGCCGAAGCUGCGCGUCGUGGACCCCGGCGCCACCAUCCGGCGGCACGCGUGCGCGGCGUGCGGCGCGCACCUGUUCGGCCGCAUCGAGGCCGACCACCCCUUCAAGGGCCUCGACUUCGUGCACGUCGAGCUGGGCGCCGGGAAGGGCAAGGAAGGGUGGCAGGAGCCGCAGUUCGCGGCCUUCGUGUCGAGCAUCAUCGAGCAGGGCUUCGACCCGGCGAGCAUAGGCGGGGUCCGGGAGAAGCUGCGCGAAGUCGGGCUCGAGACGUACGAUUGCCUCUCGCCGCCGCUUAUGGACCUUAUUGCUACGUAUACGGCGAAGAAGUCUGGCGCUCUUAAGUGAAUGAAUAUCGCGAAGGCCAGACGGACGAAAAGGAGGAGAGGAAAAGAAGAGAAAGAGCAUCGGGAUUGUGCUGGGGGGUAUGAGGUUAGGUUAGGUACCUUGUAUGUGUAUG